AUGAUUACUUAAGCAAAGAGACACUUCAUAGAGAAUAAGAUUCAAAAAAACUAAGAAUUGCUUGGAGGUGUAAGAUGGUAGUCUCCAAACAACUAUAAAAAUGACGAGAAUUAUUUCCAAGCCCUUGAAAAAGCAAAGCAAGAUUUCCAUAAGGUCUGUCAUUUGCCUAAUGGCGUAACUUGGGUUAAGGUGGAAAAGGUUGGCUUAUAGAUUGUAUAAGGAAGAAUGUGGUGGUUCGAAGUUAAAUUGAGUGAUAAAAAAACAUACCAGAUGGAAGUAUAUUAGGACUUGUAAGAUACAUUUGAAUUAGAUGAAUGCAAUAAAUGA